GCAGUCGCUUAACCAACUGAGCCACCCAGGCGCCCUAGAAAAAUAGUUCUGAUACUUUGAAGUUCUGGACCCCCAACACAAAGAAGCUCUAAACUAGUGCUUCUCACCUGGGAGCAGUUUUGUCCCCCAGGGGACAUCUGGCAAUGUCUGGAGACAUUUUUUGUUGUCACAACAGGGGAGGGGGUGCUCCUGGCAUCUCAGGGGUAGAGGCCGGGGGUGCUGCUAAAUAUCCUGCAAUACACAGGACAGACCCCACAACAAAUACUUAUUUCACCCCAAAUAGCAAAAAGUACCACAGGUGAGGAACCCAUGCUGAGAGAUAAGCAAUACAUAGGGCAGGCCCCCCACAAGUGACUGUGACUGAUCUCACCAUAAUGAUAAGGUUCUUCCUGGGCAGCAGGCAUUGGUCACUCUACUUUACUAGACACUCUCCAACAGAGAAGUUAUUUUUUCCAUUUUGCAGCUAGGAAAAUGGAGGCUAAGAAAAUAUAAAUAAUUUGCUCAAAGACCUCUGAUGAUCAAGGAGCUGGAACUGGACCUCUACCUGCCUGAUUCUGAGACCUGGGCUCCUAACCCCUGCCCUGCUGUCGUGUGUGUGUGUGUGUGUGUGUGUGUGUGUGUGUGUGUGUGUGGCCUCAGUCCUCCCUUCCCACAUUUAUUUUUACUAGUAAAGUGGCUAGUGUUUAUUUUGGCUCAGGAAACCUCUGCAGGCCCAGUUCAGAGGAUGCAUAUGUAGAAUUGCACCAGUCCUCAUGCACUGUGGUUGGGGGGCGGGGGCCUGCUGAUCUGCUUUCCCUUACUCUGCCCUCAGCUUUGAUGAGCCCACAGGCUCACAGCCACUGGGUCCUGAGAAGACUGUUACAGAUGAGGGGCUCUGGCCUUGAGCCAAGUUGUGUGUACCCCUGCUAAGCACUUUGUUGUGAGAUAAACUGGAAGACAAAGCAGAUAAGCAAACAGCCCAAGCAACUAAGGUCACCAUCUUCUUUUAUUGUUCAAGAGAGGAGAGUCCCUAUCAUAUACAGGGGGGAAAAAUGUUCUUUUGGGUGUUAGCCCUCCUAAUCCUUUGUGGUUUUCUAUGGAAUUAUAAAAGACAACUAAAGAUUGCAGACAUCACUGAUAAAUACAUUUUCAUAACUGGGUGUGACACGGGCUUUGGAAAUUUGGCAGCCAGAACUUUUGAUAAAAAAGGAUUUCAUGUAAUUGCUGCCUGUCUGACUGAAUCAGAAUCAAUAGCUUUAAAAGCAGAAACCUCAGAAAGACUUCACACCGUGCUUCUGGAUGUAACUGACCCAGAGAAUGUCAAGAGGACUGCCCAGUGGGUGAAAAAUCAAGUUGGGGAAAAAGGUCUCUGGGGUCUGAUCAACAAUGCCGGCAUUCUCGGCGUGCUGGCUCCCACCGACUGGCUGACAGUGGAGGACUACAGAGAACCUAUCGAAGUGAACUUGUUUGGACUCAUCAGUGUGACUCUAAAUUUGCUUCCCUUGGUUAAAAAAGCUCGAGGAAGGAUUAUCAAUGUCUCCAGCAUUGGAGGUCGCCUUGCAUUUAGUGGAGGGGGCUAUACUCCAUCCAAAUAUGCAGUAGAAGGCUUCAAUGACAGCUUAAGACGGGACAUGAAAGCUUUUGGUGUGCAUGUUUCAUGUAUUGAACCAGGAUUAUUCAAAACAGGAUUAUCAGAUCCAAUAAAAGCCACUGAAAAAAAACUCGCCAUUUGGAAGCAUCUAUCUCCAGAUAUCAAACAGCAGUACGGAGAAGGUUACAUUGAAAAAAGUCUAGACAAGCUGAAAGGCACGAAUUCCUUUGUGAACGUGGACCUCUCCCUGGUGGUGGAGUGCAUGGACCACGCGCUCACAAGUCUCUUCCCUAAGACCCAUUAUGCUGCUGGAAGGGAUGCCAAGACCUUCUGGAUACCUCUGUCUCACAUGCCAGCAGUUUUGCAAGACUUUUUAUUGUUGAAACAGAAAAUAGAGCUGGCUAAUCCCAAGGCAGUGUGACUCAGCUGACAACAAAUGCCUGCCCCUAGGCUAUGAGAUUGGCUGCUUUCAAGGACACAUCUCCUUGGUCUCAUUCCUCACCUAAUCCAAACUGGCCUCAUUUAGACCGUGCUUCUUUUGAUAAAUGAGGGGGUCCCACCCACACUGGGAAUGUCCCAGGGUCCCUUUUUAGGACUUCUUUGAAAAGAAGGGCAGCGAUGACCUAUCCCAUAGAAGGGCUCAAGAUUUAGGUUUUGCGGGGCACGUGGGUGGCUCAGAUGGUUGAGCGUCUCCCUUCGGCUCAGGUCAUGAUCCCAGGGU